AUGGCUACGUGGGAGCGCGCAUACACACAGGCUCUGCUACACCCCGUGAAGUCACUGGCCGUUGUCUUCUGGGCCUGGAAACUCAUCCUCUUUCUCACUGUUUCUCUCAGCCCGGGACCUGGAUACGAUACAUGCGCAACACUGUUGCCAUUACGGGAACCAGAUACCUCGGACUCUGCGACGCGUUUCGGACAUUCAGGUCUCCCAUCAAUCCUCCUGAGAUUCGUCAGAUGGGAUUCCAUCUAUUUCCUCCGAGUGGCCGAACGGGGCUAUCUGUUCGAGCAGGAAUGGGCUUGGGGAUAUGGAUACACUAAGCUGCUCUCCAUUCUCACUUCGGUUUUCCACCGGACGGACGAAAUGGGCGGAGCGGCUAAAAUAGCCGUUGUAGGAGUGGGACUGUCCCAUUUCACCCAUUUUUUGUCAGUUCUGGCACUGUAUGGUCUGACCAAAAAAGCAUUCGGGACUGAGAAGAUAUCCGAGAAGGCUUUCUGCUUCCUGUCAGCUUUACUGCAUAUCAUCACCCCCGCGGGCGCAUUUCUCUCUGCACCGUAUGCAGAAGCUCCGUUCUCCCUACUCAACUUUGCGGGCUUUUAUCUAUAUGCAUCUGCUCUUCACAAUGACCGCCCCGGGAAGUCUGCCCUGAGAGAUGCGCAGUUACUCCUGGCCGCAUCUUCCUUUGCCACUGCAACGACUGUUCGUAGCAAUGGUAUCAUCAGCGGAUCAUUGUUCGCCUACGACUGCGUAGUACUCCUCUUUCAGAUCCUAUCCCGCGGCGUGUCGGUGGAUGCUGUUCACCGCCUGAUCAUCACCAUAUUGGGUGGUAUCAUCAUCGCGCUGGGCAUGAUAUUACCGCAGUACGUGGCCUACACAUCGUACUGUGCAACAGAAACGCUCACUCGGCCAUGGUGCCAACGGCUUAUCCCAAGCAUUUAUACCUGGGUACAAUCUGAAUACUGGAACGUAGGCUUUUUGAGGUACUGGACGUUAUCCAACCUUCCAUUGUUCUGCCUUGCUGCACCAAUGCUGGCCAUUCUGAUGCUAUCCUCUGUAUGGUCCUUCAAAACCUUCGCUAGAGCGACAGAGAAAGGCCUCGCGAAUGGCGGGAAUAGCCAUCAAGAGAACAUCAAGCAGAAAGUUCUGCUGCGGUUGGCCAUUCCGCAAGCUCUGCUUGCUGUAGCUGCCCUUACCAGUUAUCAUGUUCAAAUCAUCAAUCGGAUAUCUUCUGGAUACCCGUUAUGGUACUGGUACAUAGUAGCCCAUGUCCUCGAGGCCUACCGUUCCCCCAAAUCAGGAAGCCGUAAGUAUACGGCUAUCGUACGGGGAAUGGUUGUUUACGCGCUCACCCAGGCUGUUCUUUUUGGGUCCUUUCUUCCACCAGCCUGA